AACGUUGGUUGGUUGUGAACCAGUAGAUUUCUUAAAAUAUCGGGCUUAUUUUAAUUUCAUUUUCGUUUUCCUUUUCUCUUUUAAUUCUUCUUCUUCUUGAUUGAUUCUCCGAAAAAUUUGUAAAUUUCUUGAAUUAGAUUCAAGAUGAUUACAUCUUUUUCUUCUUCAUCAUCGUCAACACCAACAAUAACAAUAUCAAGACCAAAAUCAUCAUUAAAUUCAAAGAGAAGAUUAAAAACCAGACCAUUGAUAAGAGCUGCAGUUGUAGAAUCAAGACCAGCAUCAAUUACAAGAGGAAAUAAUAGUAAUAGUUAUGCUGUACAAGUAAUUGAACCAAAUUCUGUCUCAACAAAUAAAAUUUCUAGGGCAGAUGAUAUGCAAGCUGAAGCUCAAGCUAUGGCUCGUGCUGCUGGUGCUACUGUUUAUAGCCCUGAGCUUCUUUCUCUUAAAUACAGCGAUAGUCCUCUUAAGGUGGUACGGAGAACAGUUGAGAUUUUGGUAGGGCUUGGUGGUUUUGCCAUUAAUGUAUUGUUGGAUCAAAGGAAUGGUCAGCUUGAUCGUAAUAAGAGGAUGAGAGCUGUUGAACUGAGGAAGACUCUUACAAGAUUGGGACCUACUUUUGUCAAAAUUGGGCAAGGAUUAUCUACAAGACCAGACCUUUGUCCUCCUGAGUAUCUUGACGAACUCUCUGAAUUACAGGACGCUCUUCCGACGUUUCCGGAUACAGAAGCAUUUGCGUGCAUCGAGAGAGAAUUGGGGUUACCUAUGGAAUCUGUUUACUCAUCAAUAUCUCCGUCCCCAAUUGCAGCAGCAAGUUUAGGUCAAGUUUAUAAAGCUCGAUUAAAAAAGACUGGACAGAUGGUUGCUGUGAAGGUUCAGCGUCCUGGUAUUGAAGAAGCUAUUGGACUGGACUUCUUCUUGAUAAGGGGUGUGGGAAUCUUCAUUAACAAAUACGUCGACGUGAUCACCAGUGAUGUAGUUGCUCUUAUAGACGAAUUUGCUUGUAGAGUUUUUCAAGAACUCAAUUAUGUUCAGGAAGGAAAAAAUGCUAGGCGAUUUAAAAAGCUAUAUGCAGAUAAAGUAGAAGUUCUUGUACCUGAUAUUUUCUGGGAAUACACUGCUGGGAAAGUAUUAACAAUGGACUGGGUAAAUGGUGUCAAACUUAAUGAACAAGAAGCUAUAGAAGGACAAGGAUUGAAAGUCUUGGAUCUGGUAAACACGGGAAUUCAGUGUAGUCUUAGACAGCUGCUUGAAUAUGGUUAUUUUCAUGCAGACCCUCAUCCGGGUAAUCUCCUAGCAACCCCAGAUGGGAAGCUUGCUUUCCUUGAUUUUGGGAUGAUGAGUGAGACGCCAGAAGAUGCACGAUUUGCUAUUAUAGGUCACGUAGUUCACAUGGUCAAUCGGGAUUAUGAAGCUAUGGCUAACGAUUACUAUGCUCUGGACUUCUUGUCACCGGAUGUAGAUGUUUCUCCAAUUGUGCCAGCACUGAGGAACUUCUUUGAUGAUGCGCUUAAUUCAACUGUGAGUGAACUCAACUUCAAAACGAUUGUGGACGGUUUGGGUGCUGUUUUGUACCAAUAUCCGUUUAACGUCCCACCAUAUUAUGCGUUGAUACUGAGGUCACUGACAGUAUUGGAGGGAUUGGCAAUUUAUGCGGAUCCUAAUUUCAAAGUGCUGGCUGCUUCAUAUCCUUAUUUCGCAAAAAGGCUUCUCACGGAUCCAAAUCCAUACCUCAGAGACGCUCUUAUCGAGUUGCUGUUUAAGGAUGGAAAAUUCAGAUGGAAUAGACUUGAAAACCUACUUGUUCAGGGAAGUAAGGAUAGAGAUUUUGAUGCCAAAGAUGCUUUACAACCUGUGUUGAAGUUAUUAUUGGGCCCAGAUGGUGAAGAACUAAGAAAUUUAGUUAUCAAGGAGGCGAUACGCGUUAAUGAAGCUAUUGUGCUGGGCACUGUUAUUGAUACAUACAACUCAAUUCCUCAAUUUAUGAGAACUUUUAUUCCUAAUGGCAACGGAGCUGGGCUUGCAAUGAGUAGCAGUGAACAACAAAGCAUGUUGCUACUGCGUGAUCAAGUUCUGAGAAUAUGGGCACUUCUGCAAUCCUCUGAGGGUUUUAAUCCGUCCAUGUUGCAGCCUAUUGUACAGAUUCUUCAAGAACGUGAAGCUCGAGAUUUUGGGGGCCGUGUAGUUGGAGGGAUUACCCAACGUCUCGCAGCGCGCUUGCUACAACAAGUUCUACGCUCUCCAACUACGGCUCCUACUCCAACUUCAUAGAAAGCUGUGAGCACCAGUUGAAAAGGUAAUACAUUCACAUAACUUGUAACAUGAAAUUAAGGUAUAAUGAGCAAAUACGCUCAACAUUCUUUGUUCAACCUUUUGUAGUAAAUUAAAAACCACACCAAUUGGAUAUAGUAAAUUGAGGGUAUAAAUCACAUACAGAAAUUGUCUAUAAUUACACUCUGAAGGAAAAGGUUCGAUGUCUGUCA